GCUCAGGCUCUUUUUCCAGAAAAUUGAACCUCUCUCUGCUCUCAGUGGCCCUACCCUUACUCAGCAACUCUGAUCUGCGAAACCAGCUGGCAAAGAACUAGGGGAAGGAUUGGUCUUUAGAGGAGCAAUGUUUGAGUCAUCUAGUUUGAGCUUCAUAUGGAAUUGUGGGUACUAAAAAAAGUGCACAGAAGCAUAAAUACCUGUGAAGAAAUUGUAUGUCUGGGUUCAACAUUUGGGUUGAUGUUCCCUUAAGAGAAGUCAUCUAGCCAACAUAACUUUAGCAAAUAGCCUGGGGAAUUGGGGUGACUUUACCUCCAGCCAUAUGAUCCUGGAGACACUACUCAUCCCAUUGCUAUCACUCACGUGGCCCCAGAACCCUCUCUUGGUCUCCGUUUCUCCCUUCCUCAUCACAUCGAGGCUUCCAUCUCUGAGGACAGCAAUGCAACCCUCCCAGCCUCUGCCAGUCCCUCUGUUCCUCCUUCAGGUGUAUGGCUCUAUGUAUCACAUCAACCAUGGGAACCCCUUCAACAUGGAGGUGCUGGUAGAGUCCUGGCCUGAGUACCACACAGUCAUUGUCCGGCCUCAGAAACAGGGUCUGCGUCAUCAGGAAGCUGUAGUCAGAGCACAGGAGAUGACUGAUAACAAGGAUCCAUAUACAAACACAUACUGUAUAUUCUCCAAGGAACCUAAAAAAUUAAUGGGAGUCCUGAAAAAUCCCGAGAUCAUAAACUGGAAACAGAUGUUCCAAAUCCAAGGUUGUCAAGAAAGUUUAGGUGAGGGGAUAACAGCGGUUGCAUUUUCAAAGUCAGUGAAGGUAAACUAUUUGAACUUACUCCUCUAUGUGACAGAUGAUAUCCUAAAGCCCAGUACCUCCAACAGGAGCAAACCAGACAGCCGGUGUGAGACCGAGCAUCCAGAUGACCAAUCUCAGAGCGAGGAUCCCAAUUUUAAAUUUUCCCAACUGCACAUCUCCCAUGCUGGGCUGGUAAAUGAUAACUGGCAUGCAGGCCGGAAUGAGAGGAGCCUGCAUUACAUCCAGCGUUGCAUACAGACCCUGCCUGCAUACAGUCUGCAGGGUCCAGAAGGGGAUCCAGUUACAUGGGUUGUCAUGGAUUCCACCUGUGAAGUGGGGAAGGCUUAUACCCUGGAAAGAUACCGCAGCCAAGGAAAACUGAGACAGCUGAUGGUGUAUUACCUGAAAUAUUUGCGGCAAAAGAAUAUUCCAUUUUACCUCUCUGUGCUGAAAGAGAAUGAAAAAUCCAGCAGAUCUGUGCUGCGGAGUGGUUUCUUUGUGGUCCCAUGUGGUUGGCAUUAGUGGAUGUGCCACCCAGAGAAAUGACUUCUACUUGUUUGAACAGCAGUUCUGUUUAGCCAUCUUGGGAAUCCCCUCUGUUAACGUUGAAGUGCAAGGCACAGAACAGUUUGCUUCAUCACUAAGUGUUUAUUGGACAUCUAUGAUAUGCCAGAAACUCUUCUAAUGUGAUAAGGUAGUGCUGAAAGACACAGCAUGACCUUGGAACACUUAUAUUCUGGGCAAGGUGGGGGUACAAUCUCAAAAUGCAUGAUGUGUUGGGAAGAAUUGAGUACCAGUAAACAUGUAAUUGAGAAGGCGAAUUCUUAAUAAAACUGGUUUGAUAAAAUCUA